AUGGAGAGGCUUAACACUAGAUGGUCGGCCCCACCCCCCUCAUGGCUCAAACUUAACUUUGACGGCACCACUCGCAGUGGAGUUGUGGCUGGAGGUGAAAUUAUAAGGGAUAUCUUGGGCGACCUGAUUCUGGCCUAUGCAGGGAAUUUUGGCUCUGCCUUGAGUAACACGGUUGAAGCCCUAGCACUCUUCUCGGGGCUUAAAUUGGCUCUCGAUAUUAAUGCUAAAAGACUGAUCAUUGAAGGGGACUCUAAGCUGAUUAUUGAGGUGGCUAAAGGAGUUUUAGGGAUUAGUUGGAUGAUUAGCAACAUACUCAAGGACAUAUGGUCUAUGAUAGUCUGGCUUGAGGAAUUUCAAAUUCAACACAUUUAUAGAGAGGGAAAUUUGGUGGCUGACUCUCUAACUGCAGCGGGCCUUGAGAUGAAAGGUAUGAGGUGCUAG